AUGGCUGGUCUCAAACUGCUUUGGCUGCUUGGCGGCUUGCUCAUCCUCCGUGCAGAAGAGGCUGGCCGGAAGUGUGAGGAAGCAAAGGUUUUCUCAUGCCACGUGGGAGUGCGAAUGCAGAGCCACGGGAACAGCGCCUGGACAGGAAAGAGACGCGUUCAGCGCCGAACGCCACCAGCCUGGCAGGUCCGAGUUCCAACCUGCCAAGAAAUCUUCCUUGUGAAAUUGGUGAAAAGACAGCGCAAGGAGGCAAAUGUCACUGCCGAGAUGGCACCGGAGUCAUCGAAGCUGGUUGCGGGUCAGAGAUUGCUUCGGAUGCUGGAGGGGCUGAAAAGGUACCGCUGCCGGGCCCCGACCGGCUCCCAAUUCUGCUCCAAUGUCUGGUUUCAGGGCUGCCGCGGCAGGAGAAGCUAUCUUGAGAAUGUCCACCCAAAGAAAGCAGCUGUGUACUCGAUAGACGUCCCAUGGGGAGGCAGGGUCGACAUGAAGAUCUCAAGUACUGUAGCCAUGGGUGAGGCCUCAGCUGAGGUGAUUCUACGGCUGCUUGUAGCCACCUCUGUGGCAUCUGCAAACAGGCUAAGGUCUGCAGCGAAGGACAAGUUCGGCUUCUACUUCCCUGUGCACAGCCAGAUCCCGUCUACACUCAACGUCUUGCAAUCCGUGCGCCGAUUUUACCCAAACUCUCCGAUCUAUGUGCUGCAGGAUGGCGGCAACGUGGACUUCGGCCCGUUGUGCAAAAGCAAGGAGUACAACUGCAUCUUCGAGCGCGUUAAAGGGGAGAACAGCCGAUGGAACCCUCACAGCUGGUUCGCGCGCUUCCGCCAGGCGACCAAGGCCCUGGGAACUGAGUACGUGAUUUACCUGGAGCCAGACGUGCUGGUUAGGAAGCACCACUCCAUCGAGCCUAAGAAUGAUGCGGGGGGCAUCUUUGAUGACUUCAACCCGCACAUGCACCCGGACACCAUCCAGUACCUGGAGAAGAUGGGCCGCGAGCGAGAUCCGCACUUCAAUGUGUCAUGGAUCCACUUCGGCCUUAGUGGCGGAUCCUACUACAAGGCCGAGGCGAUCUUGGAUGCCUUCGACCCGAAGUGGGUUCGUCGCAUUGACUUCGAAGGCAUGGAGAAGCGUGAGGGGGACAAGACCAUGAGCAGCGACUUCGCCAUGCUGGUCGCCUUGUAUGCCCGCGGCUGGAAUGUGUACCCAUGGGAGGAGGUCUCCCAGCACUGGCUUGCCCCCCGCAAGGCUGACGAGCCCGAAAGGAAAUCGGAGAAGAUGAGCGCCGCCUUCGAACACAACCACAAGGAGCACUACAACGACCACGUGCCCGACAAAGACCGUAAGCUUAUCACCACCUUCGUGGAGAAGUUCGAGGACACGACUUGCCACGGCUGCGUUUGGUACCAUGAUGCCGACCCGAAGCAGCUGCGCCCCAUCCCGGGCAAGCAGCCUCCGAUGCCUGCAGCUCGACCGAAGCACAGCAUUUCUUGA